UUGUCUGCCUUAUUUUCAGAUUGGAGUGAGUGGUUUGGACAGAACUCAAGCGUGUUAGAAGACUUUUUAAAAAGUUGUUCCACUGCAUCAGCGCAAGUGACUGCUUUAUCUUGAGUGACUUUACAGGUGCUUGCCUGCGUUGCAAUAAGAGACUCAUAUAUUGAGCAGGACUUAAUUUAUCUCUUCAUUUUGGAGAGUCUAAUAAACUAUUACCGUUUCCGUACUCACGACCGUUUGGAAGUUGAAAGACGUUUGAAAGGCAAACAUGAGUACGGCCAGAACAGAGAACCCUGUUAUAAUGGGUCUCUCCAGUCAAAAUGGACAGCUGAGGGGCCCAGUAAAACCUGGUGGUGGUCCAGGAAGCGGGGGGACGCAGGCUCAGCAGCAGAUAAACCAGCUGAAACAUCCCAACACAAUCAACAACGGCACUCAGCAGCAAGCACAGAGCAUGGCCUCCACUAUCAAACCUGGCGAUGACUGGAAGAAGACUUUAAAGCUCCCUCCGAAAGAUCUGAGAAUCAAAACGUCGGAUGUGACCUCCACAAAAGGAAAUGAGUUUGAAGAUUAUUGUCUGAAGCGGGAGUUGCUGAUGGGAAUUUUUGAAAUGGGCUGGGAAAAACCAUCUCCUAUUCAGGAGGAAAGCAUUCCUAUUGCUUUGUCUGGAAGGGACAUCUUGGCCAGAGCUAAGAAUGGAACUGGCAAGAGUGGCGCCUACCUCAUUCCCUUACUUGAAAGGCUUGACUUAAAGAAGGACAACAUACAAGCAAUGGUGAUUGUUCCCACACGAGAACUCGCCCUGCAGGUCAGUCAGAUCUGCAUCCAGGUCAGCAAACACAUGGGAGGAGCCAAAGUGAUGGCAACCACAGGAGGAACUAACCUGCGGGAUGAUAUAAUGAGGCUUGAUGAUACAGUGCAUGUGGUAAUAGCAACCCCAGGGAGGAUUCUGGAUCUCAUCAAAAAGGGGGUAGCAAAGGUGGACCAUAUCCAGAUGAUUGUCUUAGAUGAGGCAGACAAGUUACUGUCUCAAGACUUUGUGCAAAUAAUGGAGGACAUUAUUCUCACUCUACCUAAAAACAGGCAGAUUUUGCUGUACUCGGCCACUUUCCCGCUAAGUGUGCAGAAGUUUAUGAAUUCCCACUUGCAGAAACCCUACGAGAUUAACUUGAUGGAGGAGUUGACUCUGAAGGGAGUGACCCAGUACUAUGCUUAUGUAACAGAGCGCCAGAAAGUCCAUUGUCUCAACACACUAUUUUCCAGGCUCCAAAUAAAUCAGUCCAUCAUCUUCUGUAACUCCUCCCAACGGGUUGAACUAUUAGCUAAGAAAAUCUCCCAGCUGGGGUACUCCUGCUUCUACAUUCACGCAAAGAUGAGACAGGAGCACCGCAAUCGAGUGUUCCAUGAUUUCCGGAAUGGCUUAUGCCGCAACCUUGUUUGCACUGAUCUCUUUACCCGAGGUAUUGAUAUCCAAGCUGUGAAUGUUGUGAUAAAUUUUGAUUUUCCAAAGCUGGCAGAGACAUAUCUCCAUCGUAUUGGCAGAUCAGGUCGAUUUGGCCAUCUGGGCCUAGCCAUCAACUUGAUCACCUAUGAUGAUCGUUUCAACCUGAAGAGUAUUGAAGAGCAGCUGGGGACCGAAAUUAAGCCCAUCCCUAGUAACAUUGACAAGAGUCUGUAUGUGGCAGAAUACCACAGUGAGCCUGUAGAAGAUGAUAAACCAUAAUUGCUGCAAGAACUCUGAAAUGAGAAGAUCCCCAAACUCCACCUUGACUGCGAUUUCAAAUCCACCCACAGCUGCCCGACUGAGUGCAUUUCAACUUCUCCCUGGCUCCUCAUCCGUCUUUUGAGCUAAAGAGCUUGUUACUUAUUUGUGCAAAGUGCCUUAUGCUAUGAGACCAUUCAGAAAAUCCCUUUUGGAUACAGCCCAAGGAGUCGUUUUGGUUCAGGUCAAAGUCUCUUUCCCCACCUCUGUUUCCUUCCCCUUCCAGGCACAAGUGCUGGAAGUUGGCCCUUGUCAGUAGUCUUGUUUUGGUUAACUUUCUUUUAAUGGAGGAGUUGAGAUGCAGUUGUAGUUCACCCACUCUGUAAAUAUGUGUAUUUAAGCAAAAUAACCUGGAUCGCCUGGGUCGAUUGAGGGAAACUUCCACACUCGGAGAGGAAAGAGCCACUUGCCAACCAAUCUGCAGCAGGAGCCCCCCAAAAGCCCCCGGGCUCUGGCAGAACACUACAGACUGGCCUCCGUGAGUCUCCCUUGGGGGGCACAGCACUUGCUGGGCAGACUUGUCUCCAAGCCAUGAUGGUUUUUCCUCUCUUGUGUGUUCUGCAGAGAAUUGGAUGUGUAUACUUGUAUAAACUCUGUAAAUAUGUGUUUUUCUGUUAAGGGUUCAUAUAACUUACUUUUUUUCUUUGUUUGGAUGAGGCUUGCUGGCGUUAAGGGGAUUAUAGAUAGAUCUUGACAGCAGCUAGAGGUGAGAGGGGCUCAGUUUUCUGCAACGCUACUCAAUGCCAAGCACUGUGACUUCAGGCCUCUAGGUAGGCCUGGCUUGUUUUAGGGGUUGCAACAUUUGGAAGAGAUCUGUGUGUGGGGCAAGGGUCCUCUCCCCCCACCAAGGGGGGACCCUCCAGGAAAGUGGGAUUUGUAUUGGGGGAGGGGGUACAACAGCCUUGUUUGUCCAGAAGCAAGGCAGAACAAAAAACGACAGCCUAGAAUUGGGACUCAAAUGAGCCAAAGUCCUGGUCAGCCCUGACAUCUUCUGGCAUUAGAGGCUUCCUGCUCGCUUGUGGUGACUCUGUUUCAAGCCUGUCAGAUGAGAGACUCCGGAGCAGGAAAGGCAAGCCCUCUGCUCGCCCCCCUGCUGUGGGAGGUGCUUUCCAUUCCAGUAGUGUUGCUUUAAAAUGUGCCCCUCCCAAUGUGCUUGGUGUUUGGCCUGAUAUGCAGGCGCAAGGAGUGAGACUACUCAACCUGUAAAUGUCUAACCGAUUCCCUUCCAGCCUGACCAGCAGCAGAGUGCCAGGAGGCACCAGGGCAAACAUGGGCUCAGAAACGAGCUAGUCAGAGCCCACCCCCUGUCUUGCCCUGACAAGCUAAGCAGUUCUGAUGGAAAGUACCAACUUUUUCCAGCCCUGACCUCAGAGAGCUGUGCCUAGAGCCCGGUGCCUCCUGGCAACCCUUUGAAAGCGAAACAUGUUUUGUCUGAGUAACUCCCCAGAACCGUGGCAAAAGCUCUAUGAAAGGAAAGCUCCUCUGCUGGGAAUUCAGCUGUGGCUGCCUCAGACUGGCAAGUGCUUGGGGUGGGACAGCUUGGGGAGGGGGCAACUUUGACCCAAAGCGAAACUUUGCUCUUCUGCAGCAGCCGGGGGGCUUCCCAAGAGAGGGGAGGGGAAGGUCGCUUUAGAGCAGAGGCAAAACAUGUACACCAAUCUAGAACCUUGCGACAACCCGAGCACCUGGUGUGGUGCUGUGAGUUGAGGUGGCCGCUCUGUCCAGUGCCACGCUCCUCUUGUCACUCUUGAAGCACAGCAUUUUUUAAAGAGAAAGUAUUACUUCACCUGCGGCCGCCUAGCAGAGGAGCGGCCUCAACCUCUGUCUGCCAUUUUUGGGUAGCUUUGUUUGGGUCAGAAAGCCACCUGACAAUGGCUUCUUCUUGUCUCUCAGUGGUGAGGAGGGACUUGGAAAUGGAAAGAUGCU